AUCCUUGCGUUGGUAGAUCCUUCUCCUCAGCCAUCUGUCAACCACACAGUGGCGGGGAGGCGCGACCAUAGACGCACCUAGUUUACAUAGAAGACAUUUCACGAACAUCUCACGACCGUGCAAGUUCCAGGGCCAGCCGAAGAGCGGCUCGAAUCGACAACUCGUGAGUUGCAGCGCAGCAGUUGAGCCGGGCGCGAUGGCCUCAGGCCUGCUUAGGCUUCCAUCUCUCCGACGAUCACUAGUGUGGUGUCAUGUAAGCCGAGGCCAUGCAGAAACUCACCUUUUUUGAGUCUCAGCCAGCCCGCCGCUCAAGGGCCGGAACGCCCUGUGUAUUGACGAGGAAGUCCCGAGGCUCACCUUGGCCAGCGUCUGCUCAGCGUUCACGGCAUGCUGAGCAAUCCACAGCUUCAGCUUCAGCCCGCAUUCCGGCAUCUGCCAUAGCUGAAAUCAGACACCGCGCAGCGUAUCAAAGUUAUCGCAUAGCAGUUCGUCAUGGCAUGCCAGACACCUAGCGGAGUGUCCCCGCCAUACUACACAUGUGGGCCGGAUCAUGCAUCUUACCCGAGUUGGCACUGCACCGGGAUCUUGCACGUCAACACCGAAGGUCGGAAAUGGAUGUAUCUUACAGUAAUUGUAAGUUUUGACGGGUGUCCACUUGGUCGCCCCAUCCAUCAACUGCUGUUUUCAUUUGGUCGAGAGACCGUGGUGGUGAGACUCCCCAGCUCUGAUUGUCGCCGCAAUGCUAGCUCGGCGCGCAGACGAGCAAGAUUGGAAGCGGUGAAGGCCUGGGUGAACUGCCAGCCGGAGAGCGCCCCCGUCAAUACGCCGCAAAUUAUGGAUGUGUUCCUAUUGAACCUGAACAGCUUCGAACCUAGUAUAGCUGGAAGAUGCAAGGCCAACGCGGCUAUGAGACUCAUGACACCAAAGAAUGGCGACCGGAUAUGGAGACCCACAGCCUACCAGACCAGCAGAAAGACCAGCGAAGAUGCCGUCUUUCCUUGCUUCCUGAAGCACUCCAGCAUCGUUGUGAGAAAUGCUGCGUACAGAGUGGCUAGAAGUCGUUACCUUGGUGCAUCUCGCUACCGCAUCUGCGGGCAGGCCUGACGUAUGGGCAGAGUCCGACAUGGGG